CCCAGAAAGGAUAAAUUAUAAAAAAAUAUCGUUUCAUAAGAUCAUUUUAAUUUUAGAAAUUUAUUUAAUUGUAAGUUAUAUACAUAUUUAAUUAUACAUCUAUCGGAAUAACCUGCCAUGGAAACCUAUGAUGUUAUUGUCAAUCAACCUGUUGUAAUUGACAAUGGAUCUGGAGCUAUUAAAGCUGGUUUUGCUGGUGAACAAACUCCAAAAUGUUGUUUCCCUAAUUAUAUCGGAAGACCAAAGCACGUGAGAGUAAUGGCUGGAGCUUUAGAAGGAGAUACGUUUAUUGGUCCAAAAGCUGAAGAGCACCGAGGUCUUCUUUAUAUAAAGUAUCCAAUUGAGCAUGGAAUUGUAACUGAUUGGAAUGAUAUGGAACGAAUAUGGCAGUACAUAUAUGGUAGUGAUCAACUUCAAACAUUUUCUGAAGAGCAUCCUGUUCUGUUAACAGAAGCUCCUUUAAAUCCACGUAGAAAUCGUGAGAGAGCUGCAGAAAUAUUUUUUGAAACAUUUAACGUACCAGCAUUUUAUGUUUCCAUUCAAGCCGUUCUCAGUUUAUAUGCUACUGGAAGAACAACAGGAGUAGUUUUAGAUUCCGGCGAUGGAAUUACGCAUACAGUUCCAAUUUAUGAAGGUUUUGCCAUGAAACAUGGUAUUAUAAGAUUAGAUCUGGCUGGUCGUGAUAUAUCACGAUACCUCAAAUUAUUACUAAGGAAAGAAGGUCUUAAUUUCUCUACGUCAGCUGAAUUUGAAGUUGUUAGAGCAAUUAAAGAAAAAGCUUGUUAUGUAGCUUUAAGCCCAGUAAAAGAAGAAACUUCGGAAAGCAAUAUAUAUCAAUACAUGUUACCCGAUGGAAACAAAGUCGAUAUUGGGCCUGCUCGUUUCCGUGCCCCUGAAGUGUUGUUUCAUCCAGAUCUUAUCGGAGAAGAAUGUGAAGGUCUCCAUGAAGCUUUAGUUUAUUCUAUACAAAAGUCUGAUUUAGAUGUACGGAAAAAAUUAUACCAAAGUAUUGUUCUUGCUGGAGGUUCAACUCUACUAUCCGGAUUUGGUGAUAGACUGUUGUCAGAAAUAAAGAAACUGGCACCUAAAAACAUGAAAUUAAAGAUUUUAGCACCUCAAGAACGCUUGUAUACUACGUGGAUCGGAGGAUCAAUUCUGGCCUCGUUGGGUACUUUUAGAAGGAUGUGGGUGUCAAAACGAGAGUUCUUCGAAGAGGGUGCACGCGUGAUACACAGAAAAACAAUGUAACUCGGCAAAUGCAUUUCACAAGUAUGAUCAUCUUUGGAUGUUGGUCUGCAUUUUUAAUAUACCAUACACCUUAUUAUGUGUGUAUGUUUUUACUUUAAAUUUAUGAUUUAAAUCAUGAUCGUUCCCCACAAUAUUCCAAGAUCAGCGUUUUUGUUCAUAUAGCGUAAACCGACAGGUUAAUAUAGGUGUAUGAGUUCUUUGUUUUGAUAAUAUUAUUAUUAAUUUUUUUGUUUCGCUUUUAAUUUUAUUAAUAAGUUUAUAAUUUAUAUAUUAAAUAGUUAUUAGGAUUAACCUAUUUAAAUGUUAAAGUAUUAUAAUAUUAACUUUACAUAAAUGCUAAAAAAAAAAAAAUAUUUUUUACUACAGUUCGGUGAUAAACGCACUCAACAAAAUUUCUGCUUUGUGUUGUCAAUUGGCAGCCUGUAAAUAUUAUUAGUCGUAUUCACUGAUAAUAAAAUAUAUUUUUACUUUAACUGAUCUUAUUAAAAAUAGAAGAAUGGUUGAAAGUCAAAUACCAACUUUUUGUUUUUAAACAUAAUAUUAUAUAUAUAAACUUUGUGCAACAUAAUAUGCUGAUAAUAAAACAAUAUUAUUUUUAUAUUA